AGGAUGUGGGGUUACGCAUGGGGCGUGAGAAAAUAAAGUGUGGGAAAGAGUGGGCGUCUCGGUGUAGUAAAACAUUUGAUACCUAUUGUUGUAUGUAUAUAGUGAACCGAACACAUCAAUGCAUGCGCCAGUAGCAGAGAUCAUUUCGUAUUGUUAUUGUGUGCGUGAUAAAUAAGUCGAGUUCACGGACCGAAAAGGUUGCAAUGUGUGAGGAAGAGACCGUCGAUUGACCGGAGAUCUCGUGGGAAACGACCUUUGUUAUGUACAGUGUACACUGAUAUAUAGAUUAGUUAAACAAAAAAUCAGUUCUGGAAUUUAAUCACACGCGAUGGGAGUCACUGGGCUGUGGCGGCUAAUUGAGCCCGCCGGCAAACCCGUCCCAGUAGAGACUUUGGAAAACAAGGUUUUGGCAGUGGAUAUUUCAAUAUGGUUGCAUCAGAUGGUGAAAGGCUAUCAAGAUGCAAAAGGUGCCCCCUUACCCAAUGCACAUCUUAUGGGGUUGUUUCAACGACUUUGCAAAUUGUUGUAUUUUAGGAUCAAACCAGUUUUCGUUUUUGAUGGUGCAUUCCCGGAUUUGAAAAAGGAAACCAUUGCUAAACGUCAAGACAACAAAUCAAGAUACAAUUCUCAGUCAGAAAAACUAAAAAGGGAGAUUGCUCUUUUGCUAGGAAAAAAGACUGCAAUCAGUGCCUUGUUGGGCAAACAAAUAUCACCAAAGAAAAAUAAACCUGUUGAAGAUAGCGAUGACCUUUUUAAGUUACCUGCAUUACCUGAUAGAGAUACUGAAUCGGAAUCAGAAUCAGAUGAUGAAGAGAAUUCAAGUGCAUCCACUGUUGAUUUACAUUCAGUGGAUCUUGAAUCAGAUAAGUUUAAAAAUAUGCCUUUGAAAGAUAAGUAUGAUUUACUGGUAGAGCUUAAAGAAACUAGAAAGAUGAACUCUUGGGGAAAAAUUCACACUUUACCCAAGAAAAGUGAUAACUUCUCAAAUUUUCAAAUGCAAAGGUUACUGAAGAGAAGGAAACUACAGGAGUGCUUGGAGGAAACAGAAAAAGAAAUGGGGGAUGGUGGAAUGUCCUUAACUGAGCUAGAAUCAUUACUUAAUGAAGAAGGCAUAGAUACAAAGCUGGAUAGCCUACCUAGUCGAAGAAUUGCGUCAAAUAAUACAACAAGAUAUUUACUUAUCAGUAAUGUCAAGCAGGCUUUAGAGGCUGCCAAGAAAAAAGAAACAGUAGCUGCAAAAUUAAAUGAUCAACCAGGUACUUCUACAGAUCAAGCAAAAACAUCUUCAAAUCAAGAUGAACUAGAAGAUGAUCUACAAAAAGCCAUCAAAAUGUCUUUAGAAUGUGUUGAUGAGGCUGAUACAAGUGCGUGCGCAUCAAAAACAGACGAUUCGUGGACGUCAGUUUUAACAGAUUCUGAUUAUAGUGAUGAUGAAGAUGACGAUGGGUUUCAGCAGCCAGACAAUAUGUCAUCUGCUAAAGCAUACAUUAUGCAGUACAGUGAUUUUACACAUAAAGCCAUAGAUAACAUUGUUACUUCAAAACAAAAAGUAAAAAAUAAAUCAAAAGAACCAAAAAUUGAUGAUAUAAUUGAAGAACUUAAUCAAGAAAAAACAAUAAUUGAGGACAAUAUAGAAUUAACUUCAAGCGACGAAGAAAUCGUUCGGAAAAGCGUAAAUAAAGUGGAUACAACGAACACCAAGGAAGAAACUCAAUUGAUAGCUGUAGAAAAGAAUGUUACAGAUAAACUCGAGAACAAAGAUUUAGUUACGCAAAGCGAAAAUGAUAAUCUUAUUAAUAUGAACGCUACUCAACAGUCAGUAGUGAUUGUUGAUAGUUCCACAGAUGAUGACAUUAUUUCACUUGAAACAAGUUUGGAGGAUAAAGAGGACCACAAUCCACCAUUACAACAACCUAUUCCAAAAGUAGAUCUAGAAACUGAAUCGACUAGUGAGGAUGAUUUUGAGGAAGUGUCUGAUAAUGAAGAGAAACUACGGAAAACUGCUAUACAGCUAACAUUGAACAUGGGUAAGGAAGUGGAAGAUGAUAUUUUUGCAGACAUAUUUGAGAAUAAGGAUAAAAAACUUAAUUUACUUUCAAAUUCUUGCAAUAGUUCCGUAAAAAGCGAAAAAUCACUUAAAAUUUCUGAAUCUUCUGAAGAUUUAGAAUUGGAGCAUAAUAUAACUAAGAGCAAAGAAAUAGAGCAAAAAGCUAUAAAACCGGUUGAAAUAUCGCAACAUAAAGUGACGGUUAUCAAUAAGGAUAUAUCAAUCGAUAAACAAAUAAUCGACGAGACACCCGAGCCCUCCAAUGAUACAUUACAAAAUGAAAAUCAGGAAAAGGAACUGCCAUCUAAAAUUAAUUUAAACAAAAUUACAGAAAUCAGUGAGAAAUCAAAUAGGGAAGUAUUUACAGUUGAAAAACUUAACUCAUUGGCGUCGGAAAUUGAAAAUGAGGAAGACGACCUACUACAAGAGAAGGGGCGCUUAGAUCGUAUCGGUCGAAAUAUUACUCAACAAAUGACCACAGAAGCUCAAGAAUUACUUCGAAUUUUUGGCAUCCCUUACAUAGUUGCUCCAAUGGAGGCAGAAGCCCAAUGCGCAUUUCUUGAAAACGCAAAAUUAACAGACGGCACUAUUACAGAUGACAGCGACAUUUGGUUAUUUGGAGGCAAAACUGUUUAUAAAAAUUUCUUUAAUCAAAAAAAGCAUGUGCUUCAAUUUCUAAGCGAGAGAAUAGAAAAAUCUUUUAACCUAAGUCGAGAGCAGUUAGUGCUCUUGGCCCUUCUGGUGGGAAGUGAUUAUACGACAGGAGUAUCAGGCGUUGGUCCAGUUACUGCUUUAGAGAUUCUAGCUUCAUUUCCAUUUAACAAGAAGAAAUUAUCGAGUGAACAAUCUAAGCAGACUUUAUACCAAGAAUUGGUUACUGGGUUACAGGAGUUUAAGAAAUGGGUAAAGGCGGGAAAACGAACCGAUAAUGUUAGUCUGAAAAAGAAACUCAAAAAUGUUAAUCUCACUGAUGAUUUUCCUAGUGUACGAGUUGUUCAGGCAUACAUGGAGCCAAAUAUUGAAAGAAGUGAAGAAAAAUUCACUUGGGGAGAACUAGAUAUAACAAUAUUAAGGGAUUACACAAAAGCAAAAUUCGGCUGGUCCCAAAACAAAUUAGAUGAAAUAAUAAAGCCUGUCUUGAAGAGGCUGCUUGAUCGUAAAAAUCAGAAAACUGUUUACGAUUACUUUAAAAGAAAAUUAGAAUUCCAAUCAUUGGAAGAUCAAAUGAGUAAAAGAGUAAAAGCUGCAGUGCAGAAAAUGGGGCCCGAAGGAUCUUUAAUGAAGGAAAAUGAUAACACUGAGAUAAUUAAUGAUAAACAAAAAACUAAACGGAAAAGGAAAACUAAAACAAAAGAUUCCCAUGAAGCAAGUCCUUCAAAAAUAACAAAACAUGAAGAUGAAUUAAAAAAUAUUGAUCAAGUUGUUAAAUCGACAGUUGUAAAUGAUUCUGAAAAAGUCUUUGAUAUCAAUGUUCAAAAAAGUGGACGAUAUCAGGAAAUCAUUCCACAGAGGGAGAAGGAUAAACAGCACUUAUUGGAAAAUAAGUUAAAGGCUAUAGAACUUUUCCGAAAAACAAAAAUAGACCGUAAAACGAAAAAGACUAAAAGGAAGCUUCCAGUACCUAAAGAAAGGGCCGAGCUUUCGGAAAGUGAUAGCGAUUAGGUUAACAAUCUUAAUUUAUUUUAUUUAGUGCCUUGUGUUUGUGAUUAAGGUUUGAUUAGACUGUUUGCAUGCUGUUAAAAUAAAAACCUUUUAUAAAAUAGUCAA